AUGUCGCGGCCGCCCGGCGCGCUGCCGCCCCAGCUGUCGCCGGCGGAGGCGGCGGGGACGCUGCGGCGCGUGGCGCAGUUCCUGGCGCGCGCGCUGCCGCUGUGCCGCGCCCACACGGUGGAGUUCUACACGCGCGGGCUGUGGGACCGGCUGGUGGCGCCGCGCCCCGUCGCCGUGCUGGAGGCGCUGGGCUCCGCCGGGCCGCUGGCGCUGCGGCGCCCCCUGGGGGAGGCCUCCGGCGCCGCGGCAGCGCCGUGGGAUGACAUGUUUUCCAAUGUGUUUUGUGAAAACUCCAAGAAGCUUAUCAAUGUACAUUUGUUUGCCCUGGCUGCUAAAUACUAUUCUUUAUCCAACCUUGGAGUAUGUACCCCAUUAAAAGAUGUACUUGAAGCACUGAGGGGAGACAGUCAAGGAACAACAGGUAUCAAAACUGAUGAGUUUAUGAAUAAUAAGAAAUCACAUGAAGUGCAGGUGAUGUCAGAGCUGGUAGUCCACAUGGCGAACUAUUGUGGUAUAAAGCAGGUGAUUGAUAUAGGCUCUGGAAAAGGCUACCUGAGUUCAUUUUUGUCCAUGCAAUAUAACUUAAAAGUUUAUGGAAUUGACUCUUCAAACAGCAACACUGAUGGUGCUCAUGAAAGGAACAGAAAAUUGAAGAAACACUGGAGAGCGUAUCAGAGUCGAGGACGAGAAAACCUCAAAAGCCAGAGGUUGGAAAAAGCAAAUGACAGGCCAGCGGAAAGUGAAAUUAAAUGUAAAGCAAUCAAUGAACAGCCCUUAAAUGAUUACAGUAGUCUUCAAAGUCAGGACCAAAUGACUAUCCAAGAUUUAGUUCCUUGUGGUUUCACAGAAAUAGCUACAUCUGAAACCAGCAAACAAACUGAAGUUGAUAUGGUGGCUCAGACACAAUCUGAUGAGAGCAAACUUUCUGAAGAGGUUCUUGCUAUUCUAAAUUUUCUGCCUGCUGAUGCUGUAGAAGUUUUUUCUUCAUCUGAGUGUAACUAUGGGGAACUCUGUGAAGAGGAAAAAGCACAAAGAAAGAUGGCAUCUCUCAAGGCUAAAGCGAGCAAGUCAAGUGAAUCAAACCUGUAUUUUCCAGUGACCUCUUGCAUCACUGCAGAAACAGAACUCAGUGACAUCAUAACAGAUCUGGAGGACUGUGUGAUGGUGGGUCUACAUACAUGUGGUGAUCUUGCUGCAAAUACUCUACGAAUUUUUACUGCCAAGCCUGAAAUCAAAGCAGUUUGCAGUGUAGGCUGCUGCUACCAUCUAUUGUCAGAACAGUUUGAAAACCAAGAAGAAUGCCCCGAUGAAGUGUGGGGAUUUCCCAUGUGUCAGUACUUGAAGGAGGAGGGCUGGUGCUGUGGUCGCAAUGCUAGAAUGUCAGCAUGCUUGGCUUUGGAGCGAGUUGCAGUUGGCCAAAUGCUACCUACAGAAUCAUUGUUUUAUCGAGCUGUUCUUCAGGUUAUUAUAGAAGAAAUUUAUGGUGUCAUCAAAAGUGAUCGACAUGUUGGAAAAACUUUUUCCAAAUCGUCCUCCUUCAUAGAUUAUGUCAGAAAGUCUCUGAAAAAGCUGGAACUGGAUGAUUCAAAGACCAAACCAGGAGCCAUCUGACAAGCCUUUACAAACUUUGUAGUCCCUCUGAGGAACGUGCAAGUGGAAGCCCUGUCCCCCCCCUGCCAUGUUGGGUCUCAGUCCAACCUGUGUCAUGAGCUGCCCUGGUUUUAGUCUCUAAUCAUGUUCUACUCAUGUAAUGGUGGGUAGACUUGGAGAUAUUCAUUCCUAUUUCCACAUCUGUGCUUCUUGUACAAUACUAUUUGCAAUUUAAUCACAUAUAUUUCUUAGGUUGGUCCUACACCAGCUGCGCUUCAGAUGUUCUAAUGUUCAUCUGAUUCAUUGAACAAAACUAUGUCAAAAUGUGUUGAAUGGAACAUUUCACGUGUUUUUUCAUAAUUUUAAACCAUAUAAUGAAGGGACACUGCUCUAUACACAUCAUUGACAGGCAAUAUUGUGGUUAAAUGAGCAGGUGAGCCUGGGACAAGACAAAAAGCCUCUGUCCUUAUGGAGCUUGUCAGGAUAAGCCGCAUUACAGUAUUUAGAAAGCAGCAUGUUUUUAAAAAAUGAGGGUUUGAGCAGUUCCAUCCUUCCUAGAAAAUGUGUAAUGAGGUUUUCAUGGCCAUGUGAGAACAUUCUAAAGUAAUAGACUGGUCUUUAUUCUUCCACAUCUAGUACAGGUGAUAUGUUUAAAUUUUUGCAGGCAAAAGUAGUUUUUCAUAAGAAUUUCUGAUUUACUGAUCUUACAAGAUUUUGACAAAAGCAGUAUGCCGUUCUCUUAACCUAUCCCAAGGGAUUAGUUGAGUGAAGAAUUUUUAAGCUUAUAUUCAGCACCGAUACGAACUCUUUAACCAAAUGGAUUUCUUUUACUUCCUAAAUUCAAAUGGCUUAAUAUGUUAUUCAUUUCUCAUCUGUUCUGAAAAUUGAGUCUUAACUAGAGAAUUACUACUGGCACAUUCAUAAUUUAAGUUUUAGUGUGUUGUGCUAUUUGAGACACCAGCGGGCUAAACCAGUUUUGUUUUCAAAUAGUUUUCAUGGAAGAAUAUUAAGUGCCACCACAAUGUUUUCUGAGAACUUGGUGGGUUUUGUUACAGUCUCUCUCUUUUUUUUUUUUUUUUUUUUUUUUUCCCCUCCAUUUCUGUCAGCUAAAUUGCAUUUAAAGAAGCUACUUGCUUGGAAGUUUAAUAUUAUUAAAGUAGACAACACUGUUGCUGCUGUGGAAAGGAUGUGACUGGCUGGCUCUUUCGCUAUGACAAAACACUCAAGAGCACCUUCUCCCUUUCUUUGGCAUUUGUCAGUGACUUUUAAGAACGUCAUUGCACUCUGUUCUUUUAUGAAGUUAAUAAAAUGCCCAUUUUGACUUAAUAUGUUGCAACCCUCACCUCUUUAAUCCUCCCAAACUACCAUGCUUAUAGAAAGUCAUCCCAAGGUCAUACUGAAAGAGAAAAAGAUACAUCUGGUAACUGGUGAUGUAGUAAGAUUGUGCCGUGUGUCCUGUAGGAUCUGCACUGGACCUUUCUGAGCUUAUGUAGGUCAUGUAGUGCAUCCUAUUUCCAUGCUUGCCUGAAAAUUUGAAUACUGAUAUAAUGUGAGCCAAUGAUCAAUAUGCUGAAUGAGAAAAAAAGGAGCCAUCAGUUUGGUCAUUUUCAUACAGGACAAUUUUUUACAACUUAUUUUAAUAAGACAGAGAAGAGGACAUUGGGCAAAUGGACAUGUGCCUCUCUUAGCUUACCAUAGAGUGUCUCCUCAGCAAUGACUAGUGGAAUGUCAUAAAACGCAGUUUGUGAAUGAAGGGAAAUAAAAGGAAGAAUCUUUCCGUGUGGCUUAAUUUUACUGUUGUUUUAAAAAGUGUUGAAAAACCACAUACUUAAUACUGAGGAACUGUCAGUUGUGGUAUUGUGUAAUAUGUUAAGACAUGAACUAGCCUGAAUAUAUACAACUAUACUGGGAACUAAAAAGGAGAAUUUUUGCAGAAAUUGGGAGAGGGACUCUUACCCUGAGAUUUGUUGUGAUCUUGAUCCGCAUCAAAUUUAGUGUUGAUACCUUUAAAUGACAGGGAAUACCUCAAACUGGUUUGUCUUUGCUAAAUUUAUUUCUAAUUUUUAUGCUUUUUAUUGUGUACAGCCAUUGGGCAAACAUGCAGCCAAAGCCAAAACUAUAUUUUCCACUUUCCCAUGAACUCUAACAUGGUAAUGAAUGGAAUCUAAACAGUCAGAAAAUGAAGGCACUAAGUGAGUUUACACACUUAAUGCAUUUUACAAUUGUUGAAAGGUUGACUUUCUCAACUGUUUUUUUGGACAGAAGGAAUUUCGGCUCACAGAUUUCCUGAUUCCUUUGUUAGGGGAAUACUGAAUUAAGGCUCAGGUAACACUAGUAUUACAGCCUAUAAAGUAUGUGCACAUAAUGCUGUUUUCAAGUAUAAUUGUUUUUCAAACAGACAAAAUGCUAUUCCAGUUAUGAUAGCAUAAGAUUUUAGUCUGACAAGGAAUCUUAAAGAGAUGGGACUUUUACUUCAAUUAUAAAUAAUAUAGAUUGCUUUCAUUUGAAAUGCAUUUUAAACCAAGUUCUAAAUAAACUUAUUUCUCUCAGUAAUUUCAUUAUCUGUUUUACAUAUUUUACACUGUGUUAAAUUAUAUGGCAUUAAUAUUAACUACCUUAGUCAUGGGAAAAAUUGUAAAAAGUUGCUAUAUGUUAUGGUCUCCCAAGUGUUUUGAACUGGUCUAAGACGCUGCUCUGCUAAAAGGGCUGCCUUACUGCUUUCUUGUACUCUUGCUAACGUUCAUAAUAACUCUGGUACAAGAAGAGAGAGGAAACAUGGAAAUGUGCAGUCAGUGCCAGGGAAAGCAGUCCCUUUGAGGCAGCAAAGAGGAAUUACAUCUGUUUAAACAGACUGUGAAACAGCAUCCUUAGGCUCUGUCUCUCCUUUGUAGGGCGUGUGCAGCAUUAGACAGUAAAAGAGACUUUCAUUCAAUCAAAAUACUCUUAGUCUAGGGAAAGACACAGUUCUGAAAAAAUACAGAAUACUCUCUGGAGAAAUUAUAAGUGUGGUAUCACUAAUUGUCACACACCUUGUGCCUGAAUGUUUUCUUUUCUGUCCAUGCUCAAUCAGCAUGUUUGUUGGAUCACAGUCUAACUUGGGUGUGCUUGGGUGUGUGGUAUCUCAUGUGUUCACAACAGAUGAACCUGGCCUUUGGUAUAGUUUUAGUAUCACCUCCAGCAUAUGGUAUAAUUGUCAGUAGAGACCUUGCUGCCCUCUAGUUCCUCUUGGUUGUUUCAGCUAUUUGAGUGACCACACCAGUCCACAAAGAAAUUAGUUUAAAAGAAAGCCUGCACCACCAUCACAGUGCAAAGACCAAGAGACAUUGUAGCUAAAUCAGCAAAGAAAUUCUGGCCAAAACCUUUCUGUAUGUAUUCAAGGUUACUUGAGUUUCAGUACCAUAAGCUAGAUCUUUGAGUGUAGAAUCAUUAUUAAGACAAGUGCAUGAUAUACAUAUUUGGGUUUUUUCAUGCAUUUUCACUCAGGCCGUAAGUUCAUGGUAUCAACAUCAUAACGUAAGAAAAAAGUUCGGUGCAUACAUUUAAAGAAAUUUUGGGGGAUACACAAAUCUGUGGCAACCCUGUGUAGAGAACAGUUGUGUGGACAACUCCAGUGGCUAAAUGGGGCUUGCUUUGCAUGUGUAAGUACAAUUCUGUUCCUGAAGAUGCAAUCAAUGAUUUACUCCUGCUUCACUUUGGAAGGACAGCUGAAGAUUGUGUUUGGUACUUUCUAAGAACUGAGGCCAGGUGGCAAGCUGUUGCAGUUUCAGACAAAGCCAGUGGUAUCUGGGUUUUAGUCUUCUUCUAGUAAAUUGGACACAUAGCUAGCUACCAGUUAACCUUUUCAUGGCCUUUUCUAUCAAUGCUUUUUGUUGGAUGCUUUCUUUCUUUUCCAGCUGGGCUGUUGCACUGAAUCAGUUAACUCACCAAACUUUUAACUGAGGCACAGUUUUAAAUAGUACUAAUUUAUCCAUGGCAGCAGGAUGCAUUCAGUUGGAAUGUGCAGUUAGCAAGAAGGGAGUGGAAAAGCAUUUGGGCUCAGUACUCAGGUAUGGCAACAUCCCAGAGACACGUGUGACCCAGCUUUUUAUUUGCCAGACACUUCACAGCUUGUUAAUUGAUUGCUUGUUGAACAAUCAAGAACAUAAAGGAAGCAAAAGCAGAAAGAUUUCAUGUUCACAUUUUUACAAACACAGAUCUUUGUGUUUUAAUUCCAAAUAGCCUGUAAUUUCAAAACCCCAUUACACUAAAGCCCUUUUAAGUCUCAGUUGAAUUAAAACCUUAUAGGGCAGGGGUUAACUAAACUGGUGGGGUUUUUAUCUCCUGACUGAUAUUUUUUAGUCGGUUUGACUCUUUAGCGGGGAGAGAGAAGAAAAAAACCCUCAGAUAUUUGCACAGUUUUACUGAAAACGAAAUUGCACAAGACCAAAAAACUCCUGUUAGUCCACAUUAGUACUGCCAGAUCUGCUACUUAACCUUGCCUCUGUAGUUGGGAAAAAGUGCUUUCUGAAUUAAAAAAAUAUGACUGAAAGACUGCAAAGUUUUUCUAACCCAUCUCCUUGUUUUAAGGGAGAGUUAGAAUUUUGCAUCAUUCCUGAAAAAUACUUGUCAAAUCUUCUCCAAGAUUCCUGUGAUGCAGAAUGACAACCUCCCUGGUCCUUAAUCAGCUUCAAAGAGAGAAAGUUUCUUCAAGUUUUUGGCUGAAAUUUUUUGCUGUAAUGCAAGCCCAUUAGUUCUUAUCCUAUCCGCUGUAGACAGAGUGAACAAACUGUUCCCUGUUUCUUGGUGAUAGCCUUGUAAAAACUGUUAUUAUGCCCACUCUCAAUUUUCUCUAAUUUAGCCUGAUCAGUUCCAGUUCUCUUGGUCUUUCUUCAUAGGUCAUGUUUUCUAGAUCUCUGAUCUCUUUUCUCACCGAGGGCUUUUUCAGACUGUUCAUGUCUAUCUUUGAGAUCUGAUGCCCAGAAAUGGAUGCAGUAUUCCAGCUACAGCUUUGCUGCUGCCAAGCAGAGUUGAAGGAUUACUUCCUGCACUUUGCAGGCUGCUCUCCCAUACAUGUCGCAGAAUGGUGAUUGCUUUUUUUUUGCAGUAGCAUAACUGUGAUUCUUGCUCAGCUUGUGAUCUGCUAUAUCUCCCAGACUGUCAUUUUGUAUUCCUCAUCCUGAACAGCUGAUUAUUGCUGCCUGAAUGUAGGCCUUUCUGCUUUUCCGUACAGCAUUUCAAACUUCUUUUCUAACCAAUGCUCCAAUUGCUGAAAAUUAUUUUAGGUUCAAGCAAUGCCUUCCUGUUGCACAUUUACAGACCUAGUUAAUGCAGUUUCUGUUCUGUUGUCUGGGUUCUUAAGGAAAACAUUGCAUUUUGUAAUGGACCUUCAGUCUGCAGGUCUUUGCAGUUAUUCAGAGACUCAUUAAUAACUACUGUAUGGUUAUGGUCAUUCAAACAGUUUUCAUUUGCUUAAAUCUAAGCACUGUUUCAUAAAUUUUCUUGUGAAAUUUUGAAAUCAGAAAACUUGCUGAAAUCAAAAUAUAUAACGACCAGUUGUUUUUCGCUGUUGUGAAUCCGCUCGCCCUCCUUACAAGCAAAGUAGGCUGACUUGUGAUUUGUUCUUGACGAAUUCAUUUUGUCUAUUACACAUCUGCUUAUCUUUCAGUGUUUUAAAAUUCUUUAUUUGGUCCAUUUU